UCCGUGCUGUUUUCAUAUACCGCUCCCCUAACCAACUUAGUGACGAAACGGCCUCACCUAGUACCAUAGACCCGUCUUGGCAAAGAAUAGAGCGAACUCAGUUGUCAGCGUCGAUAAGUUCCACAAAUUACGAGUUGAAUUUAAGUGUAUAGAUUUCAAUUUCGAUAGCCAUGGCAAAGAUAAUUCAUAGGGAUAUUGGACCAAUGUUACAAAAUCUAAGGAAUUUUCUGCUAGGUAGGAACCAUACAAACGCUUUGAGAUUUGAAGACGGUAUAGCGGCCAGAACCCAGCCUCCGCCAAAUUUGCCUGAUGGUCCUGCACACAAAUUAUCAGCGAAUCACUAUGCUGUUCGCGAUGCUCGUAGGGAGGUAGCUCCUCCGAUUACGCUAUCUUCACAAGCGUUAUUGGGCGAGACGAGUUCACGUGGUAAACUACCAACUCCCGGAAAGAUGUACGGAUGGGACAAGCAUUAAUAUCCAUCACACGGGGUAGCGAUCGUGGAUUGUGAUAGCAAUAAAAUGUAAUUUGAUUCCUAA